AUGGAUAUCGUGCUUGUUCCUUUCCCCACCUGGCAGAAAAUCACAUAUCAAGUUGCGUUCUUCUUUGUGUUUGAAGAUACUUUUCACUACUGGUUUCAUCGGUUGUUGCAUUAUGGACCAUUCUAUAAACACAUCCAUAAGCAACAUCACGAGUACUCCGCACCUUUCGGUCUGGCCGCUGAGUACGCUCAUCCCAUAGAAGUUCUGAUAUUAGGCAUGGGCACCAUUGGCGGACCUUUGCUCUGGGUUGCAGUAACGAAUAAUCUUCAUAUGAUCACUGUCAUGCUGUGGAUCACAUUACGUCUAUUCCAAGCUGUUGAUGCACAUUCAGGAUACGAUUUUCCUUGGUCUCUUCGUCAUUUUAUUCCAUUCUGGGCUGGCGCCGAACAUCAUGAUUUUCACCAUAUGGCUUUCGUCAACUGUUUCUCUACUUCGUUCCGGUGGUGGGAUUACAUGAUGGGCACUGAUGGGAGAUAUAAAGAAUACAGGAAGAAGAAAGAUGAACAACGAAAAGUUGCUACUGCAAAGAAAGACAAUUAA